AUGACGGCGCAACUCCUGGCGGUGCCCUGCUCCUUGUUCCUCUGGAGAUAUUUGGAGCAGGUGGUGCCACGGGACUAUGGCAGCCGUGCAGGCCGUGCCCGGACCGCUGCUGCAGUGCCCAGCGAAGUUGUGACAAGACGCCGGGCACAGGGCAAGAUCGCUGAGGAGACCCUUCCAGUUGCUUGCACCGUGGAAUUGCAGAAUGUCCGCAAGGAGUUUCUCAUCGGUGGGAGGCGGCCAAACAGGCGGGUUGUGGCGGUGAAACGAUUGGACUUGGGCUUGGCAGAAGGAGAGAUCUUGGCCUUGCUCGGCCACAAUGGGGCCGGGAAGUCUACCACAGUGUCGAUGCUUACAGGGGUUCUGCCUCCCACAGAGGGCCGAGUGAUCAUUCAUGGCUACGACGUGGCUCAGCAUCCCGAAGAAGCGCGACGCUUCCUGGGGGUAUGCCCACAGCAUGACAUUCUCUUCGACUUCCUCAGUGCUGACGAUCACCUCCGUUUGGCUGCCAGCUUGCGCGGAGUUCAGGGCGGCGGAUCAGCGCAGGAUCUCCUGCGAGCUGUGGGGCUCUUGGGGCACUUGCUAGGCGCUCCCGCAGGGCAGCUCUCUUCUGGCAGAAGGCGUGCCCUGUGCGUGGCCCUGGCAUUUGUCGGUGAUCCCCGCUUCAUUUUGCUGGACGAACCUACCUCAGGGAUGGAUCCCUAUGUGAGGAGAAGCAUGUGGGAGUUGCUGAAGAAGUACCGCCCGGGGCGCGCGUUAUGCCUCAGCACUCACUAUAUGGAUGAGGCAGAAAUGCUUGGAGAUCACGUGUGCAUCUUGUCUCGUGGGACGCUGCAAUGCUAUGGAUCGCCGGAAUGGCUCAAGGCGCGCCUGGGCAGCGGCUAUGCCUUGACGCUCAGCGCCACGCAGGCCACGCGGACGUUGCAGGUGGCAAAGACGGCCCUGGACCUCUUGCAGAGGAACGCGCUUGGAUCCUGGUGCGUGGUGGUCUAA